AUGAUAUCUGUUUUCUUCCUAAGUGUACUCUUACUGGACAAGCCUGUCGUUGAUUCUGUAUGCAUUGUCUUUCUGAGGAUGAAUUAUGGCUUGUUAUCUGUCGCUAGUGUGAUCAUAGUUACAACCAACAAAUUCUUGCGUUUGAUAAUGGCAGUUACUAAGCCUGGAGAAUGGGCUAUGCAGGUCCUGCUCCGCCAGUUAACGAGCUUGGCACGUUCAAAAAUUGAAAAGGCCCUUGAAGAUAGACAAGAAACAAAUCUUGUGAAAAGCAUGAAACUAAAUGAGGACCCAGCAUAUGAGCAGUUGAUUAGUGCCUUUGGUGUUGUUGCUGAGUUCUCUUUACCAUCACUAGUUUCAACCUUGUCACUGUGGUAUCGAUCUCAGCACUCAUCUGGAAAAUACUACCAGUUGCAUCAACGUCACUGUUUUACUUCACCCAGUAAAUCGAAUGAAGUUAUUUCAACUGCAACCCAACAUCUGUCUGAAGACAGUAACCAUUCAUUUGAAAGUCACCCGAAUACCUCUCUUUAUAUAGCUUCAUUGCCAAAAUCCUACCAUUUAACUUCACCAGAUGCAUCUGUUCUCUUUGAAAGACGUGAUCUCGCUAUCGAUAUAAUAUUUUGCCAUACCAUGCUUGCGAUUUUGAGACAGUUGCCUUUUCAUCCAGGUCAUAACGACGUUAUUGAAUUAAUCCUGGAACAAUGUUUUAGGAGAUUCAAUUACCGAGAGGACUUACAACCGAAAAAUAGUGAAAAUAUAAAUCUUGUUGCCGAUCUCUAUGCAGAAAUUGUUGGAUUGUUAUUCCAGUCAAGAUUCGCUCUGGUGCGUCAUAAAUUUAUGGGUUGUCUGAAUGAUCUACGAGCCAAAGAAAAUAGUCCAAACAACAGAGCCAGUAUUGUGUCUCUUAUUAUGGGGAUGAAAUUUUUCGAAUAA